AUGAGCCAGCGUAAUAAGCAAGCUCCCUCCACCUGGGAUGCGUACGAGCGUGGCCGAGCCUCCUCCUUUGGCUCUCUCGAAUCGGUUCCCGAGAACGAACAGCAGAAUCUGCUGUCCUCAUCCACUCCCACAGCGCAUCACAUUCCGCCUAUACAAGGAGAUGAAGAAGAUGGAGGCGCCUUGCGGCGGAGGUCUUCGUUCGGCAAGAGGUUCGACAGCAUUCGGCACAUGGGCGGACCGAACAGUAUCGAUAAUUUCGCAAAGUCACUGCAAAGAGCUGCGGGGUUUCGAGAGAUCACGCCUGUUAGGAGGAAUUCGGUCACACUGUCAGAGUCAGAGCAAGAGGCGGGUCCAGCACGGUCGAGCCCGGAGCAGAGUACAACGGGCCACAACAGGUCGUUAUUGAGACAGCAAUUACGAGACUUUCGGUUUCAAGAGCCGAAUGAAUCCGCAGUGCAGGAUGAUCGCACGGCGGAGGCAGAAGACGCUACCGAAGAGUCCGCCCUGCUGCCAAUGGCUAGCCGGCAGACAAUGAAGUCGACAACCGGCUCGAUUAUUCCAGGCUCGUUGCUGCCCAGCGCGUUGGGGACCAGCUAUGGCAGUAUUUCUUCCAGACUCACCGCCGCCGCCCGGCAGAGAGCGUCCAUCCUGAUAAUGGAGCAGGAGGAAGCCAGCCGUCGGGCAAGAGAGGAACCCGAGGAGUUCAAGGAGGAACCUCCACGACAAAUCGAGCGAGAAGUACGAGCGGACGGAGAAGUCAUCGACCGGACCGUUGGCGAGUCUACUGUGCCCAUGACCAUCUUCAACUCCACCAACGUCCUUAUUGGCGUUGGGAUUCUCGCUCUCCCGCUCGGUAUCAGAUACUCGGGCUGGGUCAUAGGUCUUAUCUUCUUGACUCUGGCCGCUUUCGGUACGUCCUACACUGCCAAGCUGCUAGCCAAAUGCCUCGACACGAACACCGGCUCGACGACGUAUGGAGACAUCGCUUUUCUAGCGUUCGAUACGUGGGGAAGAAACUUCGUCGAGACUUUGUUCAUCCUAGAGCUGACGGCGGCCAAUGUUGCCCUUAUCAUCCUCUUCGCUGACAGUAUGAACUCGCUCAUACCUGCUGUCGGUGUCACCGAGUGGAAGGCUAUCGUUGCGAUCGGUCUGAUCCCGCUGAACUUCGUUCCCUUCAAGACACUUAGUGUCAGCAGCGUGAUUGGCAUUUUCUCGUGUCUUGGGAUUGUCGCAAUAGUCUUUGCCGACGGCCUCAUCAAACCUCGAGCACCUGGCUCCCUGCGGGAUGUGGCCAAAACAUAUGCUUUUCCCGAAGAUUGGAGGACCAUCCCGCUAAGUCUCGGUCUCUUCAUGGCACCGUGGGGUGGCCACAGUGUGUUCCCUGCCAUUUACAAGGACAUGCGUCAUCCACAGAAAUACGGUCGUGCCCUGAAGUACACUUACAUAUUCACCUAUGGCCUUGACUUGUCCAUGGCCGUGUUAGGCUACCUCAUGUUUGGCAACAAUGUCCGUGACGAAGUGACCGCCAACAUUCUGCGAUCGACGGCCUAUCCCCACGCUUUGUCGGUCGUCAUCGUUAUUCUCAUUGCCAUCAUCCCCAUCACGAAGAUCCCUCUCUCGAACCGUCCAAUGACGGAUACCAUCAACAAGAAGUUCUACCUUGAUCUCCGUCAGAUGGACCCCAAGGCGCGCAUGCAUAGCGAGAGAUCAUGGAAACACCGCCUCGCCCGUGGCUCCAUCGCCGUCGUGGCCAACCUCAUCCAACUCGGCAUCUCGAUUGGCUUUCCGGACUUUGACAGCAUAAUGGCGCUCAUGGGGUCGGCACUGUGUUUCACCAUUUGCAUCAUCCUCCCUGUAAGCUUUUAUUUGAGGAUUUUCAGCUCGGAGGGUAAAGAGAUCUCACUGAUGGAACGGAUCCUCGACUGGGGACUGUUGAUAGUUUGCGGUUCGCUGGCGGGUCUGGGGACUGUGUUUGCUAUCUUGCCCAAGGAUAAGAUUGGGGCGGCGUGA